AUGCAGAUCACCGCCGCAUUUGUCGCUUUUGCCGCCUUCUGCGUAGGCCAGACUGCCGCAGCAACGAUGCCUCGCAACUUUAUCGAUGGAAAGGGCAGCGCGCUCUUUGGAAACGCCGGCAAGGCGUGCAGCGUAGGCAGUCAAGAUGGCGAAUGCGACCGGUUCGGCCGCUGUGUGCAGCAGAUCCCGCCCAACGAGCAGUCCAUCCUCAACCAGGGCAAAAACGUCGCUGCUUGCACCGCUGGCGGGCAAACGGGAACUCUUUAA